GGCUCUGAGGAGGUGGUGGUGGUGGCGGCGGCGGAGGCGGCUCCGGACUGGGCUCGGCUGGGAGCGAGCGAGGGUCGGGGGCGCCGGGUCGAGCGCGGAUCCCCCGGCUCGACCAUCCUCCCGCCGCCCGGACGCCUGGGCCGCGGAGUUUGUGUCCCGGCUCGGACCCCGGCGCCCAGCCCGGAGCCGUAACCUUGAGGCGGCGGCGGCGGGGCCGGGCCGGGCCGGGCCGGGGGGCGGCGGCGCUGGAUCCGCGGCUGCCCGAUCGUUGGCGGGAGAUGUCGAACCCCGGGACGCGCAGGAACGGCUCCAGCAUCAAGAUCCGUCUGACAGUGUUAUGUGCCAAGAACCUUGCAAAGAAAGAUUUCUUCAGACUCCCCGACCCCUUUGCAAAGAUUGUGGUGGAUGGAUCUGGGCAGUGCCACUCAACGGACACUGUGAAAAACACAUUGGACCCAAAAUGGAACCAGCACUAUGAUCUAUAUGUUGGGAAAACUGAUUCCAUAACCAUCAGCGUGUGGAACCACAAGAAGAUUCACAAGAAGCAGGGAGCUGGCUUUCUGGGCUGUGCGCGGCUGCUUUCCAACGCCAUCAGCAGAUUAAAAGAUACUGGAUACCAGCGUUUGGAUCUAUGCAAACUAACUCCCUCAGAUACUGAUGCAGUUCGUGGCCAAAUAGUGGUCAGUUUACAGACACGAGACAGAAUAGGCACUGGAGGGUCUGUGGUAGACUGCCGAGGACUGUUAGAGAACGAAGGAACUGUGUAUGAAGACUCAGGACCUGGAAGGCCUCUCAGCUGCUUCAUGGAGGAGCCAGCCCCUUACACAGACAGUACUGGUGCUGCGGCUGGGGGAGGGGACUGCAGGUUUGUGGAAUCCCCAAGUCAAGAUCAAAGGCUCCAGGCACAGCGACUUCGAAAUCCUGAGGUCCGGGGGUCACUACAGACACCUCAGAACCGUCCCCACGGCCACCAGUCGCCAGAACUGCCCGAAGGCUAUGAGCAAAGGACAACGGUGCAGGGGCAAGUUUACUUUUUGCACACGCAGACUGGAGUUAGCACGUGGCACGACCCCAGGAUACCAAGAGACCUUAACAGCGUGAACUGUGAUGAACUCGGACCACUGCCACCAGGCUGGGAAGUCAGAAGUACAGUCUCGGGGAGAAUAUAUUUUGUAGAUCAUAAUAACCGAACAACCCAGUUUACAGACCCAAGGUUACAUCACAUCAUGAAUCACCAGUGCCAACUAAAGGAGCCCAGCCAGCCGCUGCCAUUGCCCAGCGAGGGCUCGGUGGAGGAUGAGGAGCUUCCCGCCCAGAGAUACGAGAGGGAUUUAGUCCAGAAGCUGAAGGUCCUCAGACACGAGCUUUCGCUUCAGCAACCCCAAGCUGGUCAUUGCCGCAUCGAAGUGUCCAGAGAAGAAAUAUUUGAGGAGUCUUAUCGCCAGAUCAUGAAGAUGCGGCCAAAGGAUCUGAAGAAGCGACUGAUGGUCAAGUUCCGGGGAGAAGAAGGUUUGGAUUAUGGCGGAGUGGCCAGGGAGUGGCUCUAUUUAUUGUGCCAUGAAAUGUUGAAUCCGUAUUAUGGGCUCUUCCAGUAUUCUACGGACAACAUUUACAUGUUGCAAAUCAACCCGGAUUCUUCGAUCAACCCCGACCAUCUGUCUUAUUUCCAUUUUGUGGGUCGGAUCAUGGGUCUCGCCGUAUUCCACGGACACUACAUAAACGGGGGCUUCACGGUUCCCUUCUAUAAGCAGCUACUGGGGAAACCUAUCCAGCUCUCUGAUUUGGAGUCGGUGGACCCAGAACUCCAUAAGAGCUUAGUGUGGAUUCUAGAGAAUGAUAUCACCCCUGUGCUAGACCACACUUUCUGUGUGGAACACAAUGCUUUCGGGAGGAUUCUUCAGCAUGAACUGAAACCCAAUGGUCGCAACGUUCCUGUCACAGAGGACAACAAGAAAGAAUAUGUCCGGUUGUAUGUAAAUUGGAGGUUCAUGCGGGGGAUCGAAGCCCAGUUCUUGGCUCUUCAGAAGGGGUUUAAUGAACUCAUUCCUCAACACUUACUGAAGCCGUUUGACCAGAAGGAACUGGAGCUGAUCAUAGGCGGCCUGGAUAAGAUCGACGUGAGCGACUGGAAGUCCAACACUCGGCUGAAGCACUGUGUGGCCGACAGCAACAUCGUCCGCUGGUUCUGGCAGGCCGUGGAGACCUUCGAUGAGGAGAGGAGGGCCAGGCUGCUGCAGUUCGUGACUGGGUCCACUCGGGUCCCUCUCCAAGGCUUCAAGGCUUUGCAAGGUUCUACAGGCGCGGCAGGGCCCCGGCUCUUCACCAUCCACCUGAUCGACGCCAACACAGACAACCUUCCGAAGGCCCACACCUGCUUUAAUCGGAUCGACAUUCCACCUUACGAGUCGUACGAGAAGCUCUACGAGAAGCUGCUGACGGCCGUGGAGGAGACUUGCGGGUUUGCCGUGGAGUGAAGAGAGCAACCAAAGGCAACAGAUUCUAGCUCAUGACCACCAGACCAAAAGCAAGCUUUCUGUGCGCCUCCUGCGAAGCUGGCUGAGGCCCGGGAACCCUAGAUGACCCGAGGGAAAGGGUUUUCUCCCCUCCUUUUCGUUGGGGGAGCGAGGGGGGUGGGGGGACUUUGGUUGGCGGCUCCCACCCAUAUUUUCCUCCUUUCUGACAGUGAUCCCCGCCCCCCCCCCCCCCCCCCCUUCCAUCGCCCAUCCAAUAAAAUGCAGCCAGGUUUAGCAUUUGGCUUCGGUCACACAGGAUACCCUGCAGCGACUGUAACCCACAUGGUUGGUGAUAGGCUCACUGCCCUGCGGUCUUUAUAGGAGGAUCGACCCACAGGUUCUGGAACUGAGCUUGGCUUACUGAGGGUUUGUAACCGGUAGCUCUUCUGUCUCCAGACAGUCCUGAGGUCCCUUUUCAAGUUCUGCAGCUCAAAUUGCAGUCACACCCUAGCAGCCUGCUCUGGGAAGCAGAUUAAUUUCUAACUGAAAAAUAACCAUAUUGUCCAUUGGAAUUCUGCCCCAGCAGGAAGCUUGCAUCCAAAAUGUGCUUCCCUUUUGGAAAAGUAAAGGAACUGGGGCAGCUUUUGCUGGAGGCCUGGGGUAUUUUUCAGGGGAUCCUGGCUGAAAAAACUUGUUUUGCAUAGAGAAAAAUGAUCUUCCUUUUAAGAGUCCCUUUUGCCACAUUAUCUAUCUAGCUUGAGAUAUUUUUCCAGUGAAAAUACCACAUAACAGAGCUUAUAAAAGAACACACCAAACCAGCCUCAGAUCCAUGCAGCCAGUCCCGGGCUGCGGCUCCCCCACCACCUGUAUGUCGAGGAGGGUCGGCUGGGUCACUUGAAUACUAACCAAGUGUUGUGCGGAAGUUGCUAAGAGCUGAACUAACAGAAUUCUGCUGUUGUAGCUGCUGGCUUGGUGCAAAGUAGCCUCACAGGGAGAGAGGGAACGGGCCACCCCACUGACUUAAAUCCACCCUGAGUUACGGUUUUACGAAGAGUAGGGCACGAACGCAAACCUGUCGGUGGAGGGGACCCUUCACCCUGGCUCAUUCUGCUCGUUUCCCGGGUGUCGGGUGGAGACGCGAACAAUCGCUACUACUCAGUUCGCUCGCCCAGACGUCCUCACGUGACGAGCAAGGCCAAAGCAAGCCUGGACCCUGAGUUUCCAACACCAUUUUCCAAUUUGCACAGAAGUUCAACAGUAUUUGAAUAAGGUGGUUUGAUUUGCGAUGAACUUCCGUGAAGGGCAGCAGCCAAUCGUCCUGUUUGGUUUUUUGUUGUUGUUUUGUUUGGUGGGGGGGUGGGGGGGCAAAUGCGGGGUAAUUCAUCAGGAAGACAUUUCACUGUCGGAAGUUUGCCGUUGGUUUCGGAGUUAAGCGUUGGGAUCCAGCUGCGGGUCUGAGGUGGGUCUGGAAGGCUUUCAGGUGACUCUCUUUUUGUCACGGAUACCUCCGGAGCUAGGUGAGUUUGGAGGCGAGCUCACCCUUGUGGGUCUUGCCGUGUGGUUCUUCGGCUUGCCCCGAAGCAUUCUGUGGCUGCCGUGCGGGAGCUCGGGAACCCCUGGGAGAUAGACCCUCCCUCGGAAGAAGAAGUUCACCUGGUUCGGUGGGCCGUGGGCUAGCGGCUGUGGGUUCCAAGAGCUGUGAGAGAGCGCGCAUCUGGCCAUUUACGGAGGAGGUGCCAGGGUAGAGAGGAUGUCAAGUGUGACUGCUGCAGAGGAGAGAUUAAAUCCGUUCAGGAAGUCCAGGCCGUAUCUUGGGCCUGGACUGUCAGAAGUUCUGCCUUGCCCCGGUCAGGCUUACCCCGAGUCUCGCUCGUUUACCAUCGUCCUUCAGAGGGCGUUCUAGAAGCUGGCUCCCCCUGACUCUCUAGUCCUCCCUCUUAACCUUCCUCUGCGAGAGUAAGGAAAUGUUGGCUAUGGCCCUUCCCCCACAGAGGCCUUCUCUCGAAGGUGCACGUCAACCCCCCAGUGUGAGGAGGAGACCUCCACGGAGAGCUGAGGGCACAUCCAGACCAAGCGGGGGAACCACGGAUUGUUCCUGUGGUUUGGCCCAGAGCUGCAGGAAUGAGCGGGGAGACGAGGGUCUAGCGGGACUGUGGCACGUGGCUCCUGUAAGACGAUCUUCCUGCUGUCGGGAGGAACAGUCCUUAGAACCCGUGCCUGCCAGCCCCAUGCUGCCCGUGGGUGUCAGGCGUGGGCCCAGCACGCGGGACCGGCCUGUAAGGCGGGGCUUUCCUCCCUCAUCAGUCGUCCUCGUCAGCUGUGCGUUACAGUGGGGCCUGAAAGAGCAGAACUUUCCAGAGCCCUGGUUUACUCUUGCCAGACAGGCCCGUCAGUAGCAUUGCACUUCUAGAACCUCGGAUUAGGCCUUUUGAACCACGGAAAGAGCAGUGUGGCAGACAGUGGGUAAAAGCUCCCGAUGACUCCACUUUGGGUCCACGUGGACCCUGUUCCCACGAGCUCUCGUUUGUGGCCCUUGGUGAUCCCCAACACCCCCCGCCCCCGCCGUCCCCUUCCCACCCCUUGGCCCAGAUGCUUCAGGGGCCCGACUUGCAGGCUUGCCCUCACCAGCGGUCAUCAGCCGACCCUCAGGGAUGCAGCAAACCACCGCUCUGCCAGCGCUGUAGGAAGGAGAAACAAAGGGGCUGCUUGGGGGACACAGUCAGGGCAGCUCUCCCUGAGGGGAGACUCUGCCCGCCAGGAGUCCCGUGCUCCCCGAGCUUGCUCGGCCGCGUGGUCCCAAUUCAGGUGAGGGGGUCCUCCACCCUGAGCUGUCAGGAGUGGCCUUCCGCAGAGAACCCGCCCCAUACCCCCGGCCCUGUCCGCAGCCAGGCGCGUGCCGCACGGCAGCCUUCCCGAAACAUAGUAUGAAUUUUUAAAAUUUGUUUAUUUUUGUUUCUCAACCACUUUAUAAUGUAUUUUUUAAUUUAUUUUGUAAUGUCUUGUUUUUAAGUAUUGCUGCUAUCCUUGUUAUUCUUCCCACUGUUUUUAUUGCUGAUUUAUUUUGUGAAAAUUGUACACUAAUGUUCCGUUUUAUGUCAAAAUCAAAAGUAUUUAAAGAAAUACUAGUUCUAUUUAAUGUGGUUAUGGAACCAGCUGGAAACACAAAACAAACAGUGAUUGUACAGCAGGCUGGACCCAGGAGGUCAGGUUCAUUUUGUUACAUAUGCAAUAAACUCACGACUUUACAUUU